AUCUCAUCUCUUUUCCAGAUAUGAAGGUUUUAGUAUCUUCCGACGAAACAGGCCAUGUCAAAGAAGUAGUAUGCCUCAAGGGAACCGACACCUCCAAGAAAGAUGGCGUGAAGCCGAUCUCGGUGAGUAAGGUGUGCUUGGAGCCUGCAGCUUCACUUAAGUCCAGAGUUCUCCAUAUGAUUAUCUUCGAAGACUACUUGAUCACAUUGAGAAUUGACGGGGUAGUGUGCAUCUACACAUUGAGCGACUACACAUUGGUCAAAUACAUAAAGUUGACGCUGGUAAAACCAGUAUCCUUGAUAAAUUAUUCACAAUUCGGAUGCUUUAUCGCAGCUUUUGAAAACAAUAAGGUAUUUAUAAUGACUGUGGAAGACGAACCCGUCGAGCUCAACUUGCCAGUUGAAGACAAAAAUCCCACUAUAAUUGCUACCUUUGCUCCUAACCCCUUCAAAGACGGAGAGUUUGCAUUUGGGGGAGAAGAGAACGAUAUAAAGCUUGUUUCUCUAUUUGAAAAACCAAAUAAGAAGUUUAUGAGUACCAAAUUUGAACCCAAGAUUGUCUUCACCGCCGAAAACGUCCCCAAUGACUUCUUGGACUUGAGAGUCCCCAUAAGUGUCAAACAUAUCAAAUUCCUCGAAGAGAAUAAAUUUAUUUCGGUUACAAAGUAUGGACAAUUGCGUAUCUACGACACCACCAUCAAAAACCAGCCUAUCCAUGAUUUCAAAAUUGGACCUAAACCCAUCAUCCAGGUGGCUAUAAGUGAAGACAAUGCUAUUUUGAGUGAUACCACCAGUUUGAUCGGAAAGUACUCUUUGACAAAAAUUGACUCGAAUGCUACCCGAAUCAAUUCUGCUUCUGCGGGAGAAUUGAGAAGACCUUCAGUUAAAUUGUUAGGGAAGUUCAACGAAGGAACAAACACUGGUGCAACACAUGCCAUCUAUAACUUUGAAAACAAGUACGUUGCCACGGGUGGGUUGGAUCGAUACCUCCGGGUUUUUGACAUAAAAACCAGAAAACUCGUGGCCAAGGUGUAUCUUGGGACUCAGAUCUCCAGCAUCAUUGUUGUUGAAGAUGACGAGGAAGAAGAGGUUGUCAAAAAGUCCAAGAAAAGACACGAUAGUGACAACGACGAGGACGAUGAAGAGGAUAUGUGGACUCAAUUAGAGACCAACACCAAAGAACCUGAACCCAAGAAACUUAAAAAGAAGUCCAGAAAAUUGUAAACCCAAUAAAUAGCAUCAAUGAACAAAUUACUACUGAGUUUCCAAGUCCUCUUCAGUAACCCUAUUUGGGUCUCUAUUGCUUGUGUUGAUAACACUCAUGCACUUCCACUCAUUACGGUAAUUACACUUCCAUAGCCUCACCUUCCCAUCAUCACCAGCACUGCUCAAAAUAGUUCCCGUCAUGUUCCAGUUCACUCUCCAAACUUCACCAUUGUGGUCGUUCAAAGUAGCAAUGGUCUCUAUCUUGAGCUCCUGAUCAUUUUUCUCCACUGCUUUGAAGAUUCUCACGUACCCAUCUUUACAGCCGGUGGCUAUCAAAUGAUAACCUCUUCCCAUUGAUGGGGCCCAGCUCACAGAUCUUAUCAACCCGUUGUGUUCAGGGAGAUUACCGAUUUUCUUGUAUUUGAUCGAGUCAUCGUCACCAUCAGCCUCAUCGCUCUUGUUGUCUGCGAACGACGAAUAAACAAACCCUUGGUCCAACGCUAUUACAAUGAACUUUUCACUGUUGGAAAACUUGGCAGGACACCACUCGAUCGAAAAACUGCUCUGCAAGUUUUUGGCAGGAAGCUGCAGACUCAAGAUAGGUAUUUCUGUGGUCAAGGUCCAAUUGCUCAAAUCGGACGGGUCAAGUGACUCGUAUAUCCUGAAGAUCCCGUCACUUCCAACGCAUCCCAACUUGAAGCCUAGGUGAUUGGGAGCAAACACCGCGUCAUAAAUGGGUCCGUACGAUUCUAUAGCCAAAGUGCUCAAUUUCAUCCAUCUUCUUCCUGAACCCUGUAACUCGUCGGGUUGUUCCUGCCAAAUUUUCACCGUACGGUCGUACGAACACGAAGCAAUGAUCUUGGAGCUGGAAAACUCGGGAUGUGCCCAAGUAACUUUGACGAUCAGGGAAUCGUGGGCUUUCCACAGAUCGUUUAGCACCCAUGAAUUGGUGGCUGAGUGCAAGUCAAACACCUUGAUGUGUUGAUCAGAUGACACGGUGGCGAUGUGGCGGCCAUAGAAGUCGUACUUGAUGUCGUGGACCAACUCUUCGUGACCAGUGAUAAAUGGUUUCAUUGUAAGUAGAGUGCU